AUGAGUAAGACAAUGACAACCUUGACCAGGCUGCGUCAACACUAUGAAGAGGAACAAGACCAACAAGAGGAAGAAAUGGAGCGAGAACAAGAGCAAAAACAGCAACGAGAAGAAAGCGAAAGUCGUGAUGAUUUGGGAAAUCGUGGCUUUACACCACUCCCAUUCAACAGCAAGAGAUCGAUCGACGUUGUUGAAUUCAAUCCAGAAGAAUUGAAUAACAUUUCACCGUUGAAACCAGAAGAAGCUGACGAAUCGCAACUCGCAGAUUUUCUGCAAGGCGAUGAUUUAUCCUUUCUACAAGAAGUCAAGGGCGAUCCGGAUGCAAACGUUCCGAAUGUUCCGCAACCCAAGUCGACCACCAUGCACAGAAUACCAAGUGACUUUCUGGUGACCUUCUAUGGCGAGACUCCUGGAAAUAAGCGAAGACGACUAUCAUCUAUGGAUGAUGGUUUGUGA